AAUCUAUAAAAAAAUUAAAUUAAAAAAAAAAGAAAUGCAGAGCCUCAGUUCCCACCCCAAGCCUCCUGAAUUAAAAUCUACGUUUUAGCCAGACUCCUGGGUGACUGCACAAUGAUUGGCUUUUAGCUUUCAAGUGGCCAAAUGUAGUGCAUUAGCAGUGAUCUAGGGAAGGCAGCACGUGGGUACACUUUGUAGGUCAUCCACAAGGACUUCCUGGGGAUGGUCUCUGUCCUUUACAGCUCAGUCUGCAAGGCCAUGGUCAGAUUACUCCCUUCCUUGGGCCAGGCUUUAAAUUAAAUUAUAUUAGCGGGAGGACACAAAAAUACUCCAAACAAGUAGAGCCUCUGGUUAGAGAUGGAUAUUUACUCAUUGGCACCAUUUAAGACACCAGCAAAGCAUGUUUUUUAAGGGUUCUUGGAUUUAUAUAUCAUAUCGCAGAAUCCAGAGUGACACUACCUAUUUUUGGUAAUCCAUUCUCUACAACCUUGACUGAAUAGCGCCUCAUCUACUUCUCAAAUAUUUCUUAACAGUGGCCUGAUUGCUGUUUUGUUUUGGGAUGUGCGUAUGUGUGUUUUAGCUUGUAGCAAACAUUUUAUUAGGGCUUUCAUCCUAAAUUAUUCCAGCUAUUUUAUGUUUUUUUCAGGUCUUUCACAUAAAGCUUUCUGCAGAUGAUGAGUGGAAGUAAGUGAUUAGUAUAUUUUUUUAGCGCCAUUAUACUAAAAACUAGAUUUCCAUCUUAACCACUUGAAAAAUUAAAUGAGGCCACCAUUUUAUUUGUAAAUUUCCCAAGAUGAAGAAGGUGAGUUAGCAUAGCCAUGCCUGCACAUAGGUAAUAUAGACCAAAACCACAGUGCCCUCUCAGCGAUCCCACAAAGCAGAAUUUGUAUGUCCUUCAAAAUAAGGAGUGUCAACUCAGUAUUUAUUUUAGGCACAAGAUACAUCUCUUUUUCUUCACAUGCUGUUUUCCCUGUGUUCUGGUACCUAUCAUGGGGUCAUUGGCCCCCUGUGGGCACCACAUGAAGUGAAAUAAAAAUUAAAAGUCUCUCUUUUUUUGCUUUAUGGUAAUCAAUCAUGAAUGUAUUCCUAAUCAAAAUAGGAAAUGCUUACUACAUUUGUAUACUACUUUAUACUUUCCACAGUACUUCCACAUAGGUUAACUUCUUGAGAUGUGUGUUCAUUACAUAUACAGAUUAAUGUCAUAAAGCAUAUUUUGUUUUAUAUCUAUGCAAGUCCUAUUUUAGGCUGAUGAGAGAUUUACUCUUCUGUCUAUGUGGCCUAAAUUGAAAAUCUAUUCAUUACAUAGAAUAUUAAAUAGUUAUUUUGAAUUUGGGGUUGUAAAAACUAUCACUAAAUUCUUGGACCGCCCCCCCCCCUUUUUCCACUUCCCAUCUCUUCAGAAAAAUCACUAUAUUUUUUAAAGAGCUUUUAGAAAUCAUUCUUGUCUCCUAAACUCGGCUUCCAACACAGAGACUAACAGCUAUGUAAUUUUACUCAGGAUGCUUACCUGAAAUGGACUUCAGCGUCUUUGUCUAAAAAAAUAAAGGGUUUCAGUAUGUCUUUGAUAUCUUCCAGCAUUAAUAUUCUAAGAUUCCACCUCAAAGAAGCUGAACUGAAGCAGGAAUAUUUACUAGGCUCUGUCGGUUCAUUUCUGCACAUUCUCCAGCAGGGGGCACCCCUGGGAUUUGGAUAGGGCCCUUUUCUGAGGCACUUUUCUGCUCUUUAUAGUAGUUCUGUAGACAUGCUAGUAAAAGGAGAGAACCCAACCCACAUAUCCAACAAGUUCCUUUAAAAGGUCACUAUCUUGUGGCACAGAAGAUUACCCUGCAGUGUUUUCUGACUGGUACCCUAACUAAAUGCACACUGUAACCAGCCAUAAGUAGUAACUUUAAGAGGUUUUGUGGCUGAUGGUGCCUCACUGGAGAUGAAAGAUAAUGCUAACCAAUAUUUAUAAAGUUAUUGAUUAGCAAUGUUCAUAAUUUCCCCUUUCUUCCCUAAUUUUGACCCUGGACUGCUCUUUCUUCCUCUAGGUCAGUGGUUCUCAACCUUGGCUGCAUCUUAAAAUUACAUGGGGUUGAGGAUGUUUGCAGAUGCCCUCAUUUGCUGGUUCCAGCCUGCAGCAGGAAAGGAGGUACGAGAUGCCCCGGGGCCACGAGUCCAUGCUCCGGGAGAUGACCUUGAUCUUCCUUCCCACCCUGAUCGUCGCCCAGAUAGUGCUGGUGCGGCGACAGAGGCACGGCCGGUCCUUCAGCCUGGUGGCCCUGCUGCCCACGUGGGUUGUCCCUUUGUAUCUCACCGUAAAACUUUCCUGGGGGCGGUUGCUGUCUCUGUGGGUGUUCUCCGUGGUUACCAGUUACAUCGUCUUCAGAGCUGCCCGAGAGCCCCGCUCCGGGAGGGGUCCCAGAUUGGUCUACAAGUGGUUCCUUCUAAUCUAUAAACUCAUCUAUGCAUUUGGUGUUGUGGGCUAUUUGGCUAUUGUAUUUACAUUGAGUGGACUCCAUUUAUUUUUCAAAAUCAAGGCUAGGGAUUCCCUGCACUUUGGCAUUGUGUCUCUGUUCUAUGGACUCUACUACGGCAUAAUGGGGAGAGAUUUUGCAGAGAUCUGCUCAGAUUACAUGGCUUCUACUAUAGGGUUCUACAGCGUCAGUGGGAUGCCCACAUGGAGCUCGUCAGACAGUAUCUGCGCCAUCUGGGGACAGAAGAUCAUUGUGGGGCUCGAUGAAGAAGGGCUCAUUGAAAGCACCUACCAGCUUUCCUGCAAUCACGUCUUUCAUGAAUUCUGUAUCCGAGGCUGGUGUAUUGCUGGUAAAAACCAGACCUGCCCUUGCUGCAAAGAGGAGGUUGAUUUGAAGAGGAUGAUCAGUAACCCCUGGGAGCGCACACAUUUUGUAUGGGGGUCCUGGCUUCGCUCUCUGGUGGCCUGGCAGCAUGUGAUAGCAAUAGUUCAAGGCAUUAAUUAUUCACUAGGGCUGGAAUGACCCAGCAGACAUACCCCAGAAGCAACGUACUGCAUGUGGAAAUACUUUCGAAUCCUCGAUCCUACAUUUACUAUCGAUAUUCUUUUUGUAAUUUUAGAGUUGAUUUUGAGUUUGGAGAACUGAAAAAAAUUUGGUGGUCUACAUAGGCAAUUUGUCUAUGUGGAAAGAAUUUAAAGAACUGAACAACAGAAUAAACAAAUGAAGCGCACUUUGCAUCUUUCCCUUGAGGACUGUUUCCUAAUCCACGCAUGCGACACAUUUAUUACAAACCCCCGCGGACAUCCCGCCUAUAAUGGCUGAUGAUGAUCUCAUCUACGGAGUGUUCCAGAGGUCUGCAAAGUACUUCUCACAUAGAACAGUCAGUGAUAACUAAUACCUUCUGCCCAAUUCAACAUUUUCCAAGAACUCAGCAGAGUUAUUAAGUAAUCUGUGGUUUAAGGAUAUGGCCUUUUCUUCUUUGUGCUUGUGACCAUGUGGCCACUCAGGCAUCACAAAGCCCUUCCAUAAAGACAGAUGACUCCUGAAAUCUCUAGCACUAGGUGCCACAGCCCACUCAAAAGGCGAGAGCUGUGGCAGGUUUCCUGGGCCUGUCAAAUGCACUCAACCCAUCCAGGGGCUGCACUGAAGUGGAGAGAAUCACACACACACACACACACACACACACACACACACGCUCACAGGCACUCGAUUGCCGUACUCUGCUUUUAUUUUCUUCAUAGCUCUUAUCCAUAUCUGCAAUCAUAUCAUAGAUUUUAUUGUCUCUCCCUCCAUGAAGGCAGAGAAUUUUGGCUUUUUUCCUACUGUAUCUCCAGCACUUGGAGCAGCGUCUGGUACUCAAUAAAUAUUUGUUGCAAGAAUAAAAUAAUCUUUUGCAGGAGGGAACAAAAUUAACAGAACAGGAAAGACCAGUCAGAAAGAAUUAACCCACAAAUGAUAUGUCAGAUUCCCCAAAAUUAAUUUGUUUUAAAUUACUAGUGAUUUGUUAUACAGCCAACACUGUAUACAUAACACCAGACAUCUACUUUGCAGUAUUUAAAGGUAUUACUUUCAUAUGAAGUAGAAAAAACAAACAAACAUACCCAUUGUCAAAAAUAUUGGCAAUGUACUUAAUGCUAUUCCAAAUUCCAUCAUAGUUUAAAUGGAGAAAACUCACACUAGAAUUUCUACCUGUUGGUAAUUUUCCUUCGUGAAACUGCUCAAUGCUUCAGUGUUAUGAUUGGUUCACCAUCCAGAUUACUAGAAGAUUUAACUCUGGUUUGUUUCUCUACUCAGCAAACAUUUCAGCAAUUCAAUACUUAUUACAUACCAGGCAUGUUGGGAAGAUAAAAGAAGAUUCUUGACCUUAUAGUCUAUUGACAAAAGAGCUCACAGUUGGAUAAAACACUAACUAAAAAUUAGUUUUUUCUUGUGGAAGAGAAGGAGCCUUUAAAUUGACCUCUGAUGUAUUUGCCACUUAUCUUCAGUGGGCAGGUGCAUGAGAGUAGCUUUCAGAACAAUUUAGAACUCUGGGGAAGUAGCGAGUAUGAAUUUUCUUGGAAUUCUGAAUGACCCUCAGAGUUCAGAAACUGUUAGAUAAUAAUAGCUAAACAAUCACAGAAAAAUAAAGAUGCUAUUUUCUUUAUGCAGUUUAAGUAUUUAAAAUUGAAUCCCAAUUUUGUGAAGAUA